UAAGGGCCGGGCAGUUGCAUUGCAACGUGCCAACCGGUUUGCGGAUACACGCGUUGGUGACACAUGUUUCGAGGAACGGAACAGUUCCUUACAUAACUGAACAGCGCCGGGGUUUUCCUGAUAAUUAGAAUCCUUUCUGUAUUCGUGUUAUCGUUAAAACGAAAACGCUAUUGGAUUUCAUGUGUUCAGGUUGUAGAUUGGUUGUAAAUAGGUCCCUCCAUGCGUUCUGGAACAAACUUUCGUCCAUAAUGCUUUAAAAUUGUUUCACUGAAAUUCAAACCUUGCGCGAGAGAGAUAUGAUUGUUAUUUGGUGACAUCGAUGGCCAUGCCAUGAUCCUUGUAUGAUCGUUGUAUAGAUUUCCAUUGAAAGCAGCUGACGGGCUGACGGUCAGUAGUGCUUUCCCGCGAUUUCAGGAGCCAGUUAGGUGAAUCAUUUUUCGCCGAUCACAGCCUCACUACACCUUCCUCCCUCCAAUAUACUCUCAUGCAUACCCGAGAGUGCAUAGUUUAGGCGUAAUAUUAUCUAGUGCCCCGUUAAGAAUGUUGUCCCGUAGGAAAAGUGCGCGUUAGAUUAGUAGCAAAAAAAAGGUAGCCAAUCUCUGUUAGCAUUAAGUUCUGCGGGAAGGAGAAAGACUGCAAACUGCCGGUGCCGGUGAAGGCCAGUCACGUUCCGUUCUACUCAUGUCCAUCGUAUCGUGCAACGUGUAGCCGUUAAGAGGUACUGUGGGUGCGUUUGCGCCUCUGCUAGGGCUAUAGACAUGGUAGGAACACACCAUAGACAACCAAUCACAGUCUUCAACCCGAUUUCAGCCAAAAUGCUUCCAAAUUUCAAAAUACAUAUAAGAAUAGGCGCCCCCAACAGUUGAGAUGUCGUGAAUUCAGUGUACAGAGGAGGAGGAUAAGCUUACAGCGCUUACUGCUCGUCGUCGCGUCGCGUAACGUAGCGAGCAAAUCAAAGCAACCACAAUCGGAUCGUAUUAAUCGUAUUAUCGCGUAAGGAUGCAUUCUAAUCGAGGCGUAGCUGCUACAAGUAAUCGAACCGCGUGGAAGGUUGAACUA